AUGUUUCCCCGUUAUUUACCCUACGGUCAGCUUCCCUCAGUUCCUGGAUUAAAUGCGCUUUUGGGUGUUAACUUGGGUCUUCCCGUUGAGGCGGCAACCAUUGCUCCAACACAGGACAUAUCCUCUCUACUUUUUUCUGCCCAUGCCGGCCUUGCUGCACCAUAUCUGUCCGCCGCCUCGUCCUACUUACUACCUCAAUCAAACCAGUUUAUUAAUGGUCUCCCUGCCAGUGGUUCAAUGAGCCCACACAUACCUCAUCUCAGUCUAUCCCCGAUGGUUCCAGUUUUUAAUCCAAGUCUUCUUUUUUACCGACCAAUCAGUGACCUUUCUGCAACAUCUCAAGAAUCUUCCGACGCUCAUACAAUAGUUCGCGCUCCCGUUAUCUAUGGAAAUAAUAGCAGCAAUGCUGUUUCCCGGGCAUCAAAAGUGACUAGCAAAAGCCCUCCGGAUCAAAUCGUGGCCUCUUACGCUGCUGCCGCACGAGCGGCAGCUAUAGCUUACCAGCAGCCCCUGUCAAAUGCAGCAGAAGUCUUCCUCUCCGCCGCUGCAUCGGCAGCUGGAACACUUGCCGGUAGCAAUGGCCAAGCAAUUACAACUGCUAAAAGUCGAGCUGUACAACGCCGCAAUUAUUCCGGUGUUGCUGUCACCUCCCCUCCAAUCACUGCUGCUUCCACAGGUGGCCUUCAUCCCAAGCCGUCAACCAAAUCAACAGAUGGAGGGUCGAAACCUCCACUUCCUUGGAACAGCACAUGGACACGGAUAGUGGACCGUCAAGCUGACGUGGUCGUCUACAUUUCACCAGGCGGGUCGCGUCUAAAAAGUGUUGAGGAGGUACGUGCUCAUCUUCAGCGCUGGCUCCCUCCAGAACGGGCGUCAGCGAUAUCGGAUGAGUGUGUCAACGCGAGUUUUUGCUUCGACGCAAAUCGUGAAGCCCGCCUCGUAUCCGCGCCUGAUGACAGUAUUUUCGUUUUUCCUGAGGAAGGCGAGACGUCACCUGCCCACUCACCAUCGGUUAACGCCGACUUUACUGUUCACGGUUCUACAAGUGAUGCUACAACUUCUGACAUUUCCGAGGGUCCUCCCACGACUUCCGCUAGCAGAAAGCGUCCGGCUACCAAUCCGGAUUUCGACGCUGUGCUCGAUGCUACUGAAAGCCCAAGUACUUCUACAAGUGAAGUCAUCCUUGACGGUGAUAUAAAGGCCUCUGAAACUAUCGACUCCAAGCGUGUGAGAAUUGAAAGCACGUCUUGCGCAGCACCGCUUACUACCUUAUUGUCAAGAAAUAGUGACACGGCCCUUACGACGCCGAGUUUUGUUGCACGUGGUGUGGCUCGGAUGGGAGGCGGAACUACCGUAGUGCCUUCUGUUGUGCCAUCCGUUCUCCCUCCGGCGUCGUCGACACCCUGCAAUUACGGACUCGCGCAUCACCUCAUUGCCAUGCACCAACACCAGGCCCUGAUCGCGGCCGCAGGCCUGUUGCAGCCACACGAGGCCACGCAUCAGCAAUUACUCGAACACUUCAAGCAACAGCAGGCUGCGGCACUUAUUUUGCACCAACACCAGCAGCACCAUCAGCUGGAGCAGCACAUUCAGGCGGUUUACGCAGCUGCGCUCCAGCAACAGGCUCAGCAAACUCAACAGGAUAACCCGUAG